UCCAUUUCUUGCUCGAUUACAUUCGACUACAUAUACCAUAAAAAUCUACAACAACUUCCACCACAUCCUCGUCCUCACUCCCCUUCCACCUCUCCCAAACCCAACCACAACAACCUCUACGGGCAGAUCAACAGCCAUGUCCCAACGCGCAGUAACCAUCGGUGGUGGUGCCCUCCUCGCCGGUGUUGGAUACUAUCUGUACGCCGCUGGCGGUGACCCCAAGGUCGCCGAGAAGAAGUUCGAGGCCGAUGCAGCUAGAGCCUCCAACAAGGUCCAGUCACAACUGCCAGGUGCCGGCAAGGAAGCGAAAAAGGACGCAGAGCUCUAUGGCGAGGAAGCGAAGAGCAAGUUCAACCAGCUCGUCCGAGACGGCAAAGAAGAGGCGCACAAGGUCGAUGCGAAAUUGGCAGAAUACCGCAAGGACGCGCAAAGUACUUUGAACUCUGCCGCUACCGAUGCUCAGAAGAACGCGAACAAGGCUAUCGACCAGUUCGACCAGAAGGUGACUGAGGGUGCUGCAAAGGCCAAGAGUGGUAUCUCAAGCUGGUUUGGAAGUAAAUAAGUGUCGGAAUGAGAGACAGGACUUAUGAUGCUACGGAGCUACAUGUAACGGAACAAAUAAAUAAUGCAAUCAGUAAUGCAAUCAGUAAUGCAAUCAGUGCUUCGAUC